UUGUUAAAAGUUGAAGAAUUCAAACGCUUUGAAAUUGCUGAUGACGUCACACAGACGGUUGAGCGCUAAACCAAUCACAGGCUGGCUCGUGCCGACCUAACCCAAUCUUGAGGUGCGCCUCGGCCAAUGGAGGACAACUCCCCACUCUCUUCUUCUUCGACCAAUGAAGCGUUAGCUGAACGUCUUCGUGACGCCAUGACCGAAAAAUUGGCCUCGAAAACGACUGAUUUUCAAUAAAUUAUCAUAAGACUAGAAAAUCUAGAAAAUGUUUCUCCACAAUUUUCGCCGUUUAACUAUCCAUAUGUUACGAGUUCACGUUAAUGUGUGAAUAGCGGAAUUAGAAAGAAUUGAGCUUCAUGCAAGUUCCCUAUUGGCCAGUUUACCCUUAUAAAAAAAUCCAUCGACCAAUUCAUGCAUGUCAGUGCCAUAACUUGGCCAGUUCCCUUCAUUCCGUGGUUUAUUCGGUUAAUUUAUGACGUAAUCCGGAAUUUUAAUUUGCAAACUGUCCUUUUGAUCUUUCAAUCUGAAUGUCGAUUAAAUUUUUCAAACGAAGCGCUAGUAGUUGUCAAAUCCCUCUCUCUUCCACCUGCACCUAUCAAUCCUAUCAUGAUUCACAUGACCUGCGCAAGCCGAUAAAUCCCGAGAAUCUACCCUCGAAGACAUUGUUUCAUCACUCCGAGUCUGGAAUAAAAAAAAAUUAAGAUAGCAAAUGUCGUUCUAUCCAUUAUUUCACUGCCGUGCUUGGAAUUGACUGAAAAAAAACUCAAACUAAAAAGGAAUGCAAAGUGAAGUGGAAGUCAGUAUGUCACCGUAGACAUGAACGGAAAUAACCUCUGAACGCGGGCACUUGGAGCAGCUGUAUGGCUUCAAAAAUAAUUUCAUUACUGAUAUGAGGCGUGAGCACCCCGGGGGAUAAUGGAUAAAAUAAUGAAGGGAGACACUGCCGAGAGGCAUAAGGAGAAACAACCCUUCAAUGAAUGUCAAGGAAUGGCGAUGAAUUCAAAAAUGAAGGAAGUUAAUGCCAAUCAUACUGAAGCGAAAGAAAGUGGAAGUGGAAGGAGAGGAGAAAGUGUGGAAGAGUUGAAAAAUCAAUUGGGUAUUUUGAUGAAUUCAUUGGCAACAUUGUCAGCUGAAAAAUCGAGGAUGGAAGCCAAUUUUCAGACUGAUAGGAAGGCACUGCGUAGCGAACGUGAAGAGUGUGAUAGAAUAAUCAGAGACUUGAAAGAAAAAUUACGACGGGCUCAACACAACACCCACUCCGAAAUUGAACACCUGAAAUACAAAUUAAUAAUGGAGCGUCAUGAGCGAGAAAAAGAGCAGGCAGACAAUUCUGCGAUGAUGAAGGAGCUUCAACGUGUGAUAACGGACGAGCGUCGCUCCAAAGAGUCCUACGAGCAGCAGAUAAAAGAACUGAGAAACCACGUGGGAAACAAAACCCAGAAUAAAAUCCUCGAGGCAGAACUGGAGAUUGCCAAUAACAAACUGAAAGCGGCGGAGGCAGCAGUGAAGGAAACUCCCCCAGUUCUAGUGUCCCUUCAGUCUGAGAUGGCAGCUCUUAAGAAGCAGCACCGAAUGGCGAUACACGAAGAACGAAAACGAGCAGCCGCUGCUGAGCAGAAGGCGAAAAUUCUCGAAAUGGCGCAUGAAUCAAGAGUCGUGAGUUUGGAGUCAAGGCUCGCUGAAUUAUCAGAAACCGUUGGAGGAUACGAUAGAAUGAGACAGCAGGAUCAAUUCGCUAUUCAAAAACUGAAGGAUCAACUGUCGGAAUUGCAGAGGAAUAAAGUUAAAGAUUAUUCUAGUAGAAAUGUUGAUGAGACACCUGAAGCCAUUUCGAGGAAAAUAAGAGAAUUGUACAACAAAUUGUUGGACAUUUGCAAUGAGAAGGAUAAUGAAUUCAAUGUGGAUGAUUUUCUGCAGAGCAUGAACUUGAGAAAUAUUUCCAAAGAUUGCGAUUACAAGGAGCAGUACGAAAUUCUAGAGCAGGACUUUGAGAGUUACAAACAGCAAAUGUCAGCCAAACUGGAGUCAGUGAAUGAUUUAAAACUUGAGAAUAAAAGAGCUGAUAAGAGUACGGAGUUACACUUGGCAAGGACUUACAGUAAAAAUCUGGAGGAGCGAAUUCGGAUGUUGAAUAAGGAAGCGAGUAAUAAAGAGAGUGAGAUCAAUUUGAAAUUGGAGCAGCAAAGUCAGCAGAUUCAGGAGGAGAGAAUUAGGUUCGAGAGGAUAUUGUCUCAGAAGGAAACUGAGUUUCGGUCUAAAGUCGGUGCCCUUGAGCAUCAAAUCCUUCGACAGAGGGAGAGAUCGCUGGCUCUUCUUGAGGAGAAAGACCAGGAGAUCACGACACUCAAAUCUUCUUUUAGAGCUAUUUUAACGAAGCACGAGGGUCUGUCUGGGAAUCCUGAUGGAGGCGAUGAUAAAAAACCAAUUGAGUCGAAUGUUGAUUUUGUCACGUCACUUUUGACUGUUGACAGUCCGCCGAUGCUCCAUUAUGCGCAGGAGUUGGCGAGGAGGGAUAUCCAGGUGUCGGGGUUGAGAAAGCAAAAUAGUGAGCUGGAGGCUACUCUCAGGGAGAAUCAGAGAGAUCUCAUGGCGACAACUCAGAGACAUGCGGAGGAAAUGAAAAUUUUGGAGAGUAAAAUUACUAGACUUGAAGCGUAUAAAUCCCGGGAAGGUGCCAAUCUCGAGUACCUGAAAAACGUAAUCGUCAAUUUUCUAACCAGCAACGACAUCUCGAGCCGACGCCACAUGUUGAAUGCAAUAGGAACAGUCCUUCGAUUCACACCCGACGAAAUGGGAAAGAUCCAGCGAACCAAAUGACACCGGCACUGUGUGUAAAGAGAGAGCACACGCUAAAAAAAAUCUUGAAAUUUAAGACUGUAAAUAUGAACCAAUGAAUUUCAUAAAUUACAAAUACAUUAUCAGUUUGUAAUUUUCACCAGAAAAUUAUGCGUCACAAUAUUCAGCCACAGGCAUUAAAUUCAUACUCAAAUUUCAUGUAAUUGUGCAUUGAAUUUAUUACAUCAAUAUCUUUACAUGAAAUCAAUUACUCUUGGUUGGCAUUGAAAAAAUAUUCUCAAGCUCUUUUACUUUUAUUUUUUCCCUCCUUUACGUGAGUAUUAUUGACCAACGUGCAAUUUGGAUAUUUUAAUAUUUAUAGUAUAUUCAUCAUUGUUUCUGUUGUUAUAAUAUACCGAGUAGUAAUUCACAAUUCUAU